CGGGGGUUUAAUAUUUCAUUUGCAAGCUGACGCCUUGGGUAUUCAGGAAACUUGCGAUUCGUUAGAUGGGUGUGUGCUCUUGCUCCUUAACUUCUAUUGAAUGUCACAAUGGUUUGAUCAUUAAAACAAGGGUUUUGGAGACGUUCGCUUUGUUUUAAGAUGACGCACUGUAGAAAGAAUGACAGAUGGCUCAUCUUCCACCCACAUGCACUGUUCCUAGUUCUUGCCAUUCUCGGUUCAUGCUUAAAUGGCGAUUUAUUAUUCAUUUUUCACGCAGGCGUGGCGGAAUCUCCUUUUCCCACUGUGCCUACGCGUACGGCGUAUUCUUCUCCCUCUCACAUUCCAACAAGCGACUCAGGAGAAAAAUCUGCUGUACUUAGUCUGCUCACGGGCAAUAUCAAGGCGGCGACCUCCACUACCAAUGAGUCCGCGACUACGUCCAAUGCUGUUAUUGAAAAAAACGCGAGUCCUGAUCCAAUCGUCGCGUAUAUGAAUGGAGUAACCGGACCCUUGCAGGAGGACGAUUUGGAGUACUCGUUAGAUUACUACAAUGAAAAAUUUCUGAUGAAGGAGUACGAGUUUGAGCCCGCGGACUUUUUGAAGAGACUCGCCAAAUCUGCGAUGUCGGAAGGAACGACACCAGCACAAUUUCUUCAAGAGAUACAAGAUCUCCUGUCUUUGCAAAACCGAUCGCGGUCUGAACAGGAUGAUGCAGCUGGCCGAGAAGACGCCUCCAAAAUUCCUGCCGGCUACCUGAGCGAGAGCUUGCGGAAAAAAAUGACGGAAGGCUGGAAAAACGAGCUGAAACGUCUGGAAAAAAAAUACAAUAUCAGUUCGGAGAGCGCGGGACCUGACUCCAUAACUUCCACAAGGUUAUCGCUACUGUUCCCGCACUAUAUUAAUUUCGGCCAGAAACCAUUCGCGGCUCCGGCCAACAUCACGGUGGGUAUUUCAUUUGCCCAGAGACAGGUGUAUGAUUCUCGCAGAGGAAAUUAUUAUUACGAGACUCCCGACGCAAAUAUUCCAUCAAUUUUAGGUCGCUCAGAAUUCGGUGGAGUCAUUCCGUUGGUGCUGCUCAGUAAACCUACCCAGCGGAUAAUCAUAGGCACGCACCUCUAUGCCCUUCAUUGGCAGGACGGUAAUGACAUGGUGCCCUUCCGGACCAAGUGUGCCUUGCUGAAGCGCCGUAUGGAAAAGAGCUCGCUAUCGGAGGAGCGGAGAUUUAGGUUUCUAAUCAACAAUGAAAUCAUGCAUAAAAAUGGAACUUUGCUGAGGACAUCGAUUAAAAAUGUCUACGAGCAAAUACCGAGUACUUUUAAGGAAAAAAUUGACUGGGAUUUGCUGAGUUGGGAGGUGCAUCUUUGAGGGCUGAAAAAUAUAUGUCUAAUAAGGUGGUAGCCAGGGACAAAUGCGGCGAAGUCUGACAAAAUGUGCCUUAAUGUUGGGGCAAAAAUGAGACAACUAUAAACUUAUAAACUACAGCUAAAGAGGGUUUGAUUUCGAAUCGUUUGGCGCAAAGAGCACCCAAAUGGACUACAUUUUGCAAUAAGGAACCACUGUUACUGACUCCUUCUAGAUACAAUACGUGUGCCAUUAGUUUCUCUAUUCAGAUAAAUGCUUUUAUAGAUUAGCCAGAAAUUGUAGUUUCCUAUUGCAAAAUGUAGUCAAAAUAUUCCACCAAUUAGCCAUUGGUAGCAAUUCAAAGUCUUAGGACGAUAAGUAAGGGGAAUAUGAGAAGGUCUGAAAAUUUACCCCUGUGAUCUUGAUAGUAUUCAGGAGUGUUCAGCAUCGAAAAAUCAAAAUACUCUUCUAUUUUUCACCCCAAACCGGUCUUUUUUUAAAGGCACUGGACAUUUAAAGUUCCACCUCAGUGCUUGGCACCAUAAAAAAAUAGAUCUGAUGGUUUUCGAACGGUUAGUAGAAACUUUUUCUUUUGGGGCACGGCCAAGUCAUCCUUGAGAGGGAGUAUAUUUUUGUUCCUUUUACCCUUGAAAAAUAAUGUAGGAUCCCUGAGUGAAAUAUCACCACUAGAGUUAAAGCCUUUUUAUGAAUUAGAGCUCUUUAGAAUAUUUUGUCUUGGACUAAACAACUUCAUUUCUUCACGUUACUAGUCGCAGCCUUGCCAAGUGUUGCUCAAGGGUAAAAUGGAGGUGAAACGCCCAAAGUUUGGGUACGUGAAUUCGCGUUCCAAACUGUGUACCUAAAGAUACGUGCUAAACAUUUUAUUCUAUUCCUGUCUUAUAGUGCAAAAAUUUUCCAAUACACAUUUUUAAUCAC